UGUGGUCGUUGCGUCUGGACGCGAUCAUAGUUCCGCCGUACGUGUUGCAUGGCGGACGUGGUGCUGAUGAAGUGCGAAUUCGACCUGGAGGAGGACGCCUCUACUCGGCCACAUGGUACAAGGAUCACGAGGAGUUCUACAGAUUACGUUCCCAAGUCAUCACCAACCCAGCACCGCUACAAUAUGGAAGGCAUCACUGUCGAUUUGUGCUGAAGAACGUGAGCCUGAAGAGUCUGGUCUCUAUCGAGCGAAGUUUCUGCCGAAGCCCAUCAUUUACGUCAGUGAGCAACGAGGCCAAGAUGGAAGUUAUCG